UUCGAGCCCGGCCCCCGCCGGGGCGGAGCGGGGCCGAUCCCAUCCGAUCCGUUCCGUGUUGUGCAGCCAUGGCAGGGCCCGGGGCUGCCCCGCUGCUGGCUGCAGCCUGCAGGGCUUACGGGGAGGCUUUCGGGGGGGCUGGGGCUGCCGGGGCGGUUUGGGCCCCCGGGCGAGUCAAUCUGCUGGGCGAGCACACCGACUACAACGGCGGCUUCGUGCUGCCCAUGGCCCUGCAGCUGGGGACGGUGCUGGUGGGGUCCCCCACGCAGGACGGGACCAUCUCCAUCCUCACCACCUCGGAGGCAGCGGAUGAGCCCCGCAGGGUGCAGUUCCCAGCUCCCAGUGAAAGCAGCCCCCUGAGCCCCGGGCAGCCACACUGGGCCAACUACGUCAAGGGCGUGAUCCAGCACUACCGGGGCGGUCCCGUGCCUGGUUUCAACGCUGUGAUAGCCAGCGACGUCCCCCUCGGUGGCGGCCUCUCCAGCUCUGCCUCUCUGGAGGUGGCUACUUACACCUUCCUGCAGCAGCUCUGCCCCGACGAUGGCGAUUUGGUGGCCAAGGCGCUGGCGUGCCAGAAAGCGGAGCACACGUUUGCUGGCAUGCCCUGCGGGAUCAUGGACCAGUUCAUAUCCGUGAUGGGCAAGGAGGGCCACGCGCUGCUCAUCGACUGCAGGUCCUUGGAGACCGUCCCCGUCCCUCUGACCGAUGCCAGCUUGGCCGUCCUCAUCACCAACUCCAACGUGCGGCACGCGCUGACGGGCAGCGAGUACCCCACGCGCCGGCGGCAGUGCCAGGAGGCGGCGGCGGCGCUCGGCAAGGCCAGCCUGCGGGACGCCACCAUGGCCGAGCUGGAAGCGGCCAGGGGCCGGCUGGGCGAGGAGGUGUACCGGCGUGCCAGGCACGUCAUCGGCGAGAUCGAACGCACGGUCCGGGCAGCACAAGCGCUGCAGGACAGGGACUACGGCACGUUCGGGAGGCUGAUGGUGGAGAGCCACAACUCCCUGCGGGACGACUACGACGUGAGCUGCCCGGAGCUGGAUGAGCUGGUAGCAGCAGCUCUGGAGGUCGAUGGGGUUUACGGCAGCCGGAUGACGGGAGGAGGCUUUGGCGGCUGCACGGUGACGCUGCUGGUGGCUGAGGCUGCGGAGAGGGCCCAGCAACACAUCCAGGAGAAGUACAGCGGCACUGCAACCUUCUACAUCUCCAAACCCUCGGAUGGGGCAAAGGUACUACCCCUGUAGAAGAAGCAGGCACCUUGUCCGAGCUGGGAUCCGUGCUGGGAUCGCGUCCCUGCUGGGACAGGAACAGCAGCCGCUCUCCUCGCUCCACCAGGGAGCCAAGCUGUGUGCCUGCAUCGUUUGCUUAAUAAAAGUAAAACAUCUGCACGUUCUGCA